GUCUUUUCCUUCCUCACGGUACCCCAUUGGAGAAACAGGCCAUUUUCUCUCAUUCUCUCUCUAUUUUCUCUCUCUAGAAAAACUCCAUUGCGACAAGUAUAUCCAUCGUUAAAAGUUGUUUCUAGGGUUUGAAUUUCGUUCCUGUAGCAGCACAACGAAAAAGGGGGUCCUAUUUGCAUCAUCAAAGAAUUACCCACUUUUUUCUUCUUCGAAAAAUGACGACUUCUGCUGUGAAGAACAACUUCUUGCCACCGGGAUUGGUGUCAAAUCUUCAGGAAGUUCUUCUUAACAGAAAGGGUGCUCAAAAUGAUAAAGAUCAGCAAUCGAAGCCGAAAGAUGAUGACCCAUCAACUCAGCCGUCGUCUUCUGACUCGGUUCCCGAUGUUGCCGCUGAUGACGCUGACAGUGCUAAGCCAGUGGUAUUGGUUACUAAUGCUGAUGGGAUUGAAUCUCCUGGUCUUACUUGUCUUGUUGAUGCUCUUGUUCGUCAAGGUCUCUGUAAUGUUAAUGUCUGCGCUCCCCAAUCAGAUAAAUCGGUGGCGGGCCAUUCUUUUACACUUAAAGAAACCAUUGCAGUUACUCCGACUGACAUUCACGGUGCUACUGCUUAUGAAGUAUCUGGGACUCCUGUAGAUUGUGUGUCAUUAGCCUUGUCUGGGGCACUCUUUUCCUGGUCAAAGCCAGUCCUGGUAAUAAGUGGAAUCAACAGGGGUUCAAGUUGUGGCCAUCAAAUGUUUUACUCAGGUGUCGUAGCUGGUGCUAGGGAGGCAUUGUUUAACAGUGUUCCAUCUAUAUCGAUAUCACUUGACUGGAGGAAUGAUGAAAGUCAAGAAAGUGAUUUCAAGGACGCCGUGAGUGUUUGUUUACCAUUGAUAAAUGCAGCCAUCAGAGACAUAGAAAAGGGAGCAUUUCCUAAAAGUUGCUUGUUGCAUAUUGGAGUUCCGAAAUCUCCUCUGACAAACAAGGGAUUCAAAUUGACGAAGCAAAGUCUCUGGAGCUCUAAGCUUUGCUGGCAAGCUAAAUCAUCCACCAGAAAUCUUGCAGCUGGACGUUUUCUUCCAAAUCAACAAAGCCUUGGGAUGCAGCUCGCACAAUUAGGUCGAGAUGCUUCUGCAGCAGGUGCUGCUCGCAAAUUAGUUACUCAGAGAAAGAACAUAGAGGUUGUUGAAUCUGUUGGUAUUGCUGGGAAAUCUGAUCCGGACAGGAAAGUUAAGUACUUUAGAUUGGAGUUGCUUGACAAGAAACAGGAAGAAGAAGACGAGGAUUUAGAUUUUAGAGCUCUCGAAAAUGGAUUUGUGGCAGUCACUCCAGUAUCUCUUGUAAUGCGUGUGGAAACAGAUGUUAAUGCAGCUGCAUCAAAGUGGAUUUCUUCUGCAUUAGAAGUGGAACAGUGAAAAGAUGAAGCUAAUAUUCAGUAUUGUUUGUUGUACAUCUUUAGAUGACUUUGUUCAGGUCAUAUUGCAAAAUUUACAUGGGCCAUAAUUGUGAUGCCUCAAUUAUUUAUUUGGUUUUUCAACCUUUUAAUUUGUGUCCCGCGAAGCCAAUGCUUCCACUGUUUACUUAAAAGGCCAGAGCAUGUUGUAAAAGUGCCAUACUUUUUUGCUUGGUACCACAAAAUUGUGUUUUAGGUUGGUUUUUACUGGGCAAAUUUGUGCUGUUAGGCAGGAUGGUGGAAUCCUUGUAAACUGGAAAUAGCUUGAUCAAAUAUAGUGGAAUGCUGUUGUCUGUUUUUAAUGGA